AUGCAACCUCUUAAUCCAUUCCUAAAAGCCUUUUUUAAGAGUGCACUGCCAGCGCAGUGUACUCCGGUUCAAAAUCACGUCUUGUUAGUACCCACAACUGAGGUCUUCUUCACCUCUCACGAUAGUGAAUCUGGUGCUUCAUAUGCAGAUCUUGCCACAUCAGAAGAGUUCCUCAGCAGUCAUGUACUGCGAAUUCCGACCCAUAAUGUUGAAGCGGCGGCAAAGGAAUCUCCAAAUAUGCGUGAGAACAGGGGGAAAGCUAAACAAUACGCGACAAUUAACGGAAGAAUGGUAGUCGUUAAGGACACCUAUGUUUACAGUAGUAAGGGCUUCAAGACUCAUGUUCAAGCACAGCUUUUAUCAGAUUCACUUUACUUCCCAGAUUCACUGGAGCCUCGUCCAUGGCUAAUUUACUUUAUUUCUAUGCCACUAAUCGGCACUUUAAAGGAAACAAGAAAUGUAACAGCGAAUUCAUCCAAUGUUUCGCAGGGAUGGAAGUUCCAACCGCAGCCUCUGAUCACAACUGGAAGUGAAAUGUUGGAGACUUGUGAUGGUCUACCCUCCAAAAAAAGUAUACAAUCCUUUAAUGAAUUGCUCAACAAAUUCCCCCUAAUCGCGAGGCAGAUGCAGCCUGGUCUCGAAAACUUAUUUAAAGAAUUUAAUAUGGUCUUUGAAAAACCGCUACCACCUCCACCCUCAGCGACAGUAAUUCCUGACCCUUUACCUAGCAGAAAAAUAUCAGCCCCUGUUUUGAUUGAAAUACCUGUGCAAAAAUCUAGAGCAUACGGAGAUGCUGAACAGCUCGUGGUGGAGAACAUUGACAUUGAAAUCGAAGAGGAUACCAUACGAAGUGCAUUAGAAACAGCCGUUACAUCAGCAAUCGACCUAUUUCAGAUGGUUGAUAAACAUCAAUUAUCACUUCUUGGUGGAACGACGGAUCUCACUGGUCCCAUGGUUGAACGAAUGAUUGAACAAUACGUGGCCGAGCAGGUUCACGAUAAAAUAUUUUACCCAAGGCUAUGUUCAUACAAGAGAGUAGAAGACAUGAAACUUCAAUCACUAAUUCGACAGAUGGCUUGUGUUGACAUCUCGCAAGUGGGCAUUGUCAUCCAAGGUGGACAGCAAGGGAAGUAUGAAUUAACCCUAAGAUUGGGACAAGCUGUUGGAGAAUUUCGUAAACUUUGUGUUGCUCGUAGUCCACAAAAAAUGAUGGAAAUUCUACUAGUUACUCUAAAGACAGUGACACAGCUUACAGAAGUUACUCGGCAGCCUGAGAAUAGAGAUCCUUCAUCCUCCGAAAAAAUCAGUCCAAUAUUGACCAUGAACGCUGACGCUCUUGUCUCACUCCUUUUAAUUGUCGUUAUAAGGGCUAGAGUUCAUUAUUUACAGGCACGCUUAUACUACAUGAGAAACUUUAUCUUUAUCGACGACGUUGAGGGUGGGGAAAUGGGAUACGCGCUUAGUACUCUUGAAGCUGUACUUUCUUACGUGUGCCGUGAUUCUGGGGGAUUACGAAAGGCAAGUAGACGAAAUCUAAAGCUAUGGCAAGCGACCAAAAAGGGCAAUAUAAAGGAAAUUAUGAAUAUCAUGGAACCAGACUUAGAGCAGUCGUCUGAUGAAAUCGAAAUAUCUGAUGGCACCAACACAGAUCAAUUCACUGAUGAGAACACUCUAGUUAACUCCUUCAGUAAACACUCAGGAAUUGAUAUGUGUGCUUCUACAGCUGUCCCGCCAUCUAUCUCGUCAAAUCUUGGUCACGUGUUUCCAUGGCAUAAUCAUCCAGUUGCACAAGCUGACCCAGAGCCAGAGUUUCGAAAACAAAAAACAGUCACUAUGGAAAUGCGAAGCUAUUCUAGUUGCUCUGAGGUCUCCAUCCAGUCGUGUGCCGCCACCAUAGAUACUUCAAGUAGUGGCGCGGAAGGCGAUACUUCGAUACAAAGACUCUCGCAAACAGAAAACUCUUCUGGUGAAUCGAUUCUAAUGAUGGCCAUUCAAAGUAAACAAAUCAACUCUCUGAGAUACCUUUUAACCUUAACGAAAUACUAUCCGCCACAUUUUAUUAUUGGGGACACAAAGAAUGAUGGUACGACCCUUCUGAUUGCAGCUGUCCAACUUGGGCAUCUUGAAAUUAUCAAUUUACUUAUCGAGUUUCUCUUCCAAACGCAGGAUGAUUCAGCUAUCGUUAAUUAUCUAAUAAAGCAAGAUGUCAGUGGUAGAAGCGUUGCCCAUUAUCUUUUCAAUGCGCCAUCACUAAUUUCGAGACUUGGACGUAUGCUUCCAUGGAGGCAAAAAGAUCAGAAUGGCCAAACGCCACUCUUUGCACUUUGUCGAUCUUAUGAUCAUAAAAAUUACAAGGAAAUGAUCGAAGCUGCUCUAUUUGCGGCAACAAUUUCGCAAGGAGACAACCUGCCUCUACACAUCGACGAUCAUGUUGACUUAAAAGGAAAUACGUUACUACACAUUGUUAAUGAUCCCCAAGUGGCUCUUCGAAUAUUGGUUCAGUGCGAUUCGGAUGUAAAUGCCACAAACAACAAACAUUUUACGCCAUUAAUGGUCGCUAGCAAGUAUGGCCGACUAGAAAUGGUCCGAAUAUUGUUUGGUGAUGAACGAGUAGACAUAUUUGCUAGGGAACUGCGCGGGCUCACUGCUGUCGAACUGGCUAAGGAUGAUGAUGUCCGAAAUAGAAUUGACGACCUAGUUUUAUUCCAAAUACCACCUGCCGCAGAUGGUCGAGUCACAUCUGUUGUUCGAUCGUUUUUUGUCCAGGAUGCUACCAUUCGUUUAGUAAUUAAAUCCGGAGCACCAUCUUCUAAUAAGAGCUUCACCGUCACAACUUGUAGACGCUCAGUUGCAGACUUUGAAAAUCUUGCAAACUUACUCGCAUUAGAACAUCCAGCUUCUUGGCUCCCCUCUAUAUCCGACAUGCGAACUCCAUUUCAAUUGAUUUGCAAACCUUCAAGGGCAGUUCUGAGAGAUAUACAAAUCCGUCUUGAUAGCUUUUUAAAAAUUUUGCUUUCUCACACAACAUUUGCGACUCACGAGAUGUUAUGGGAAUUUUUCCUUGUGCCUGAUAUCCAAGCUGAUAUGAUGGAGCAACGGAGUAGGCUAAAAGCUCAAGCAAGGAUAGAAAAGGUGCGCGAAGAAUAUGAACCAGUCGCUGAUGUGAGGGAUGUCGAACAAUUUGUAGACCAUGCUAGAGAAAUGGUCCGCAGUGUCAAUUAUUCCACUAAGAGCGUCGCCCGAAGAGCUAAUGUGAUGUGGGUAUCGACAGCAGAUCUCUACGAUGCAUACCACAUUGUCUCCCAUAUUUUCUCUGCAAUUGAUGGCUUUCCUCAAACACAUGUAACUGCUCUAGAUGCAUAUAUUAAAUGCCUAGCGCCCUCGUCAAACCACCCUUACAAUACUUUCCACUCGGCUGUUUUAUCACUACACAGCACCAUUGUCGCUAUGCUGCUAUCCUUAUCUCGUCCUAACUCUUUAAUUGCAACAAUAUUAACCUCUCGAAAAAUGAUUGAACGCUCUUACAACUCAUUGAAUCGUAGCACUCGCUGGCCACUUGGACUCCUUGAUGAGACACGUCUACGGUUGAACGAGGAAAAGGAGGAACGUGUGCAAAAAGAAAUUAAAGAAGUAGAGGAGGUUGGCCGAGAGCUGAGGUAUACCUGGGGAGUUGUUGCAGGCGAGCUAGCCGGAUGGGAAGAAGAUCACGAAAAGAUGGGCCGGAGCGCAGUGAAAGAAUUGGUCAAGGGAAUGGUUAUCAGGGAAAAAAAAGUCCUGGAAGGAAUAAACCGUGCUCUUCGAAAGCUAAAGGUUUCGACGACUCCUUCAACAAGAGGAAUUCCCUUAUCAAGCGACAUUCAUAACUUCAACUCCGCAUCCAAAGUAAGGGGCGGAUUGGAAAUGGAUAUUGAUGUGGCGGUAGAUUUCUGA